CACACGGAGGCCUACGUAGGGAAACGAAGGAACCACGACUAAGAUUACGCGACUGUUGUUGUCCAGCGCACUCUGAAUGACGACAGAGCAGCGCCUGGCGGGGGUUGUCGCACAUCGAGUUUGUGUUCGAUGUCCUGAACAAAAUAGAAUAGCGGAUCAAAGCUUUGCGUUGAUUUAACGAAACCGCACUCUUUGGCGCAUUUGAAAGUCCACAAGUUGCAACCCAGCUGGGCCUCCCUCCCCAUUGCACGCCAUGGCGACCGCUUCCCCUAGGUUCACCUGGUGCACCUGUCGCAAACACAAGAUCCCUUCCAAGGACACCCACGAGCUCUGCUUGCACUGCCUGGGGAUCCAGCACGCCAAAGAGGCGGUGCUGGAGUACGGCAAGUGCCCUCACUGCGCCAAAAUGGACUGGAGCACCUGCAUCAACCGGCUCACCAAAGUGCAGGAGGUCAUCUACCGGGAGAACCAGCUGAAGAAGAGCGAGGCGGCUCAGUCCGAGUCCCAGCCCAAGCCCGAGUCUUCCCUGGUCCCCGUCAGCGAAUCGAAAGCGAAUAAAGAUGCACCGCCCGUCGCGCCCACCCCGGCGCCCAUGGGUGCCACGUCAAUGCCGCCGUCCACCGUCCCGGUGAUGUUCACCAUCCUGUCCCCGCCCCCCGCGCAGAUGGAAGCCAAUGGCAGCGUGCUGAGGGGCGCUCGCGCGCCCCCAUUGGCCGUUCAGCAGCCGGCCGCCGCCGGCCUGGGCCAGUCGGGGGCGGAGCACGCGCGGGCGGCGCACUCCUGCAAGCGAAAGCACUUUUCGGCGUGCCACUCGCGGUGCUCCAAGCGCCCGAAGCGGGGCCACGGGAGCCACCGGCGCAGACGCUCCCCCUCUUCCUCGUCCUCGUCUUCCUCCUCGCCCUGCUGGAGCGGCUCGGAGUCCUCCUGCUCCCGGAAGAAGGGGAGGUCGCGGCGGGGUCGGGCGGAGCGGCAGCAGGGCCGGCUGCUGGAGGUGGUGCAGCAGAAGCUGGAGGCCCAGCAGCAGGCGGUGCAGGCCCAGUGGACCCUGCUGGAGAAGCGCAUCGAGGCCCUGGAGAAGAGGGGGGCGGAGCCUACGGGCACGGUCGCCGCCCCCUCCGCGGCCUGCGCCACGGCCCCGGUGCCCGGCUCUUCGCAGGGCGGGGAGCGGGAGGCGGAGCGGAGGGCGGAGUCCGGGCCGUCCGCGGACGCGCCGGCGAGGGAGCCCGCCAUCUCCACCGUGGUGAAGCUGGAGGAGGAGCCGGUCACGGUCACGGCGGGCACGGAGAGGGAGGAGGGCAGCGAGGGGGACGCCGAGGACGCGCCCCUGCUCCCCGACGACCCCGUCUCCAGGCAGGACGUCCUGUCGGCCUCAGAGCUGCAGGCCCUCAUCGGCCGGGCCGCCAAGUACCUGGGCGUCACCUUCCCCAGCACGUCGACCGGGUCGGGCUCCUUGGACCCCACCAUGGUGCCCGAGUUCGAGGACCUGGUCCAGAGCACCUGGCCCAACCCGGCCAGCUCCCAGCCCUUCCGGGAGGUGUUCUCCAAGAUGUACCGGCUGCACGAGUGCCAGGCCCCGGCCUACGACCGCAUGCCCCAGGUCAACCGCUUCAUGUCCGCCAUCUUCCAGGCCGUCAAGCCCACGGAGAACAAGGAGGCGUCCGUGCCCGCGGAGCGCUGGCGCUUCACCGAGACGCUGGCCGAGAGGGUGUACCAGACCGCCGGCAUGCUGGCCAGGACCGCCAACUACCUGCGCUACCUGUCCGACUACCAGAAGCGGCUCCUGGUGGAGAUCACGGAGGAACGGUCCGCCCAGCGGUUCUUGACCGUCCUGAACGAGCUCAAGCUGAUCGGGGAGUUCACCUUCCAGCUGUCCUCGCACCAGGCCGAGCUCUCCGGCCGGGUGAUGGCCUCCUCCGUGGCCGUCCGCCGGCAGAUCUGGAUGGCGAAGACCAACUACACCGACGCUUUGAAAGCCACGGUGGCGGAUCUGCCCUUCGUCGUCAGCCACACCUUCGGAGCUGGCACAGGCUCUGCUCCCAGCGAACCCGUGUGCAAACAGGAAGCACUGUGAGCACAGAGCCAGCACAGGAACUGCUCCCAGUGAGCCCGUGUGCAAACAGGAAGCACUGUGAGCACAGAGCCAGCACAGGCUCUGCUCCCAGCGAGCCCGUGUGCAAACAGGAAGCACUGUGCGCACAGAGCAAGCACAGGAACUGCUCCCAGUGAGCCCGUGUGCAAACAGGAAGCACCGUGAGCACAGAAACCCCCCGGAAACAUUAGCCCCACUCACUUGCUGGCUCAGUUUAGAAGCUCCCUCAGAAGUGAUGGUAGUACAUGUUUCGACCACCAGGGGGCAGAAAAAGCCAACUGAGAAGUUCUUGUUACCUGUUUUUUUUACAUUUACAGAAAAUCAAUGACUACUGUGUGGACUUUAGCUUUUGGAGAGUAAUGAUGUCUGUUAAUGUAGCACCACAAAUUGUGAAAACUCCAGUUAAUUAUGUUGAGGUGACUACCUUUGAAUUAAAUGGUUGUUUAAAUUUAAUUUUAAAUGAUUCAAGGCCUUGGACCAAUUGUACUUAAUUGUACUUGUACAGUUCUACUUGUUUUUCAAAAACGUGACAUCUAAGUAAUAAUGAGCAUUGUGGAACAAUAAUGUCAACACCUGUCUGAAACGGGAGAUUUAAGCCUUUGAUUUGAACACAUUGCAGCUUCCUGUACUAAAAUGCAUUUGAUUUUGUUCAUGUUUUGUUACAUAACAUUAUGAAGCAGUCAGGAAGUACUGUAUGAAAGUUAUAAAUGAAAACCUGCUUAAAUGUUAAAUUAGUCAGAAACAGUAAUGUGCGUACAUUGAAUCCAAUAUUAAAUGUGUACCUCGAACAAAUUAUAAAGGGUUUAUUCAAAUAAUGCAAAUUCAAGUUUGAUGACAUUUUUACUGCAAUUUAUAAUAUGACAGAAACAGUCAAGUGAUUAUUUUAAUAGAAAAUGUUAUUUGUGGAGUAACUGAAUGUGUUCAGUAAUUAAAUCUGACAAGCAUUUCACAGUCAAGUUUCCCUUGUUUUCAAAUCUUCCAAGUUGCUAGCUGCAAGGUGGAAUAUGAUGUGUCCUCAUUUAAAAUGUUGAAAAUUAGGAAAUCAGAGUUAAGCUAUGAAGCUCUUAUAUUUAUAUUUAUAGGCACUCCCUUUAUGAACUGGAUUGGCACUGUACCUUACUUUAUAACGAAUUCCAUGUGUUGCAUGUAGAAAGAACUUUUGUGUACCAAACAGUCUGUCUACUCUCACAUGCAGUAAUAUUUUUUAAAAUGUGUCUCUCUGCUAUGUUCUAAAGGAAUAGUUCACAUUCUGGGGUUUUGUGAUUGUAUUAAGUUUUAGUGUAUGUUUUAAGUGGGGUCAGACAGUUUCUGUGCAGAGAAAUAUAUUUGAGGUAUUCACAGAAGUUGCAGAUGUCCUGCUGGCUUUACAAUGGCAGGUAAAGGAGUAUACGCUUCGGGUAACUCCGAAGCAAGUUGUACAGCUUUGACCUCCCGUAUUGAACCCCAUAAUGCCCCUAUACCAGCCAUUUUAUACUGGAAGGUCAUUAGAAAUGUAGGUUACGUUUGUGAAAUAUUCUUAAUUGCAUGCAAAAACUGUGUGGGCCAACUGAAAAUGUACACUAGAACUGAAAUGACUGCGUGGGCCAAUUGAAAAUGUACACUAGAACUGAAAUGACUGCGUGGGCCAAUUGAAAAUGUACACUAGAACUGAAAUGUCAAAAUUAACCCCUGAAAAAGCGAACUACCCUUAUGGCUUUUGCCCUCCCCUGUUUCAUUGUUUAGUGCACAGUUUUGUAGCAUUGGAACAGGUGCAUGUUGUGACUACACCAUUUUUGUGUCAGGGUUGUAAAAAUGUAUUUUAGACAUGUUUGUGCAUCUUGACGAUACCACUGGCAGUCUUGUCCUGGGGGAGUCCUCUAAAUACCGUCUGAUCUUAUCCUGAAUUUUCUAACCUGAGGUCACACAGACGAUGGGGAACAGCGGGAAAGUGUUUUAGUCUAAUGGUUUGGGGCACUGGUAGUAGGCCUCAUCCUUUUUUUUUUUUUUGUAUAUGCAUCUACCUCAUGUAUUUUUUAUUAGAAUGUCUUGUGUUUUACCUGUAAUAAAAUGUUACUUUUA